AUGACAAGCCCAACCCCGACCCCAAACCCAACCGCAGCUCUCGACCUCGAAAAGCACACACAAAACACACACCCCCUCCCGCUCUGGCGCAAAUGCAUUAUCCUCUUCGUGGUCAGCUGGAUGACCUUCGUCGUCACAUUCUCCAGCACGUCGCUCCUCCCCGCGACCCCCGAGAUCGCAGCCGAGCUACGCACCACGCCCGAACUGCUGAAUGUCACGAACGCGGGGGUCCUGCUGGCCAUGGGCUUCUCGUCGCUUCUUUGGGGGCCGGUGACUGCGCUGCUGGGGCGUAGGGUUGCGUAUAAUAUUGCGAUUGGGGCGCUUUGCGGGUGUUUGGUUGGCACGGCGGUUGCGGGGGGGAGUAGGGUGUUUACGGUGUUUAGGGUGUUGGGCGGGUUGACGGGGACGUCGUUUAUGGUGCAGGGGCAGACUGUUCUGGCGGAUAUUUUUGAGGCGAAGGUCAGGGGGACGGCGGUUGGGUUCUUCAUGGCUGGGACGGUGACGGGGCCGGCGAUUGGUGUCGAAAGACGUCCUUCCUCCGUGCGAGAUGUCCUCGCCAUGUUCAACCCCGUGCCAUGUUCAACCCCGUGCGAAUCUUCCGGCAGUGGCUGUAUCCUAACGUCUUUCUAUGCGUAUGAUCUAACGUGUGGCCUCCUCGCCGUCUUCCAGUACGCCCUUCUCACAUCCGCCCGCGAGAUCUUCAACCCCCGCUUCAACCUCUCCUCUGCCCUCGUCAGCGGCCUCUUCUACCUCGCCCCCGGCGCGGGAUUCCUCCUGGGGAGUAUCGUCGGCGGAAGACUGUCUGAUCGCACCGUGAAACGGUAUAUCGCUCGCCGCGGGGGGCUGCGUCUUCCGCAGGAUAGACUGAACAGCGGGCUGGCGACGCUGUGCGGGGUGCUGCCCAUCGCGGUGCUGGUUUACGGGUGGACGCUGGAGACGCGGGCGGGAGGCAUGGCUGUGCCUGUCAUUGCGGCGUUUUGGGCGGGAGUGGGACUGAUGGGUUCGUUUAAUGGGUUGAAUACGUAUGCUGCUGAGGCGAUCCCCGAAAGACGGUCCGAGGUUAUCAGUGGGAAGUUUAUCAGUGGGAAGUAUAUCGUGCAGUAUUUGUGUUCGGCCGUUGUUCCCCUGGUCAAGGUGAUCGGGGUGGGCUGGACGUUUACAAUCUGUGUGAUCUUGUCCCUACUCGGCGGAGGAAUUGUGUUUUGUAUCACGCGCUGGGGAAAAGCUAUGCAGCUGUGGGCUGGGGAGAAGUUUCAUUUAGAUGGGAAGAGUGGGCUUUAG